AUGGAUGUCGAUCUGAGGGCAGACUCGGGCGUGUGGCAGUAUGAGAUGAGGCGAGAGAUGCAGCAAGUCACUCCUGGUCUCUUCGUCGGCCCUUCGGAACCCUCAAAGGACUUGGCGAGGCUGCACAUGGAACGCAUCACUGCCAUCAUCAUUGUGAGGAGCAAGCACGAAAGCCGUAUUCAUCCCAAAACACGUCUCUUUGCUGCCUCCGUCACGUCGCAUCACACCACCAGAGCGCCAUUCUUGAAACCUCGCUUCCCCAACCAAUUCGCUUACCUCAUCUUGGAAGACGUGCAGGACAACGAAUUUCAAAACCUGAUCAGGCGUUAUCCUCAAGCUCAGGCAUUCAUCGACGAUCAGCUCACUCGGGGCGGUAAAGUGCUCUUGCACGAUGACAGCGGUAUCAGUCGAGCGCCUGCCCUGGCCAUCAUGUAUCUGAUCGACAAGCGCAACAUGAGGUACGAUGAGGCAAUGUCGCACGUGUCUGCAAGACGUUAUUGUAUGCACAUCAAUCCCGGCUUCGUCAAUCAAAUGAAGGAGUUUGAGGUCCUCAUACGAGCGCGAGGCUCGCUCGCCCCCAAGCAAAACGGGCUGACGAGCAACUCGAGCAAUGCACGGCGAAAGAGGGAACAAGAUGACGUUGUGGAAGACGAGAACGUGAUGCGCCCCACCCACCGCACUUGGGAAGCACAAGCAAAUUCAUAA